AUGAAAGGCAUUGAGGAGAGCGUGGCGGAGUUGCAGCGCUUACAGGGGGAGUUUGCGUCAUGCUUGCAGGCCUUGAACGGCACCUAUGAGGGCAUGCAGGCUGCUCUCCGAAGCAUGCCCCAGGAGCAGCUAGCACAGGAUCAAUUGAAGGUGCAGCGGCAUCCGCAAGCGCAGGUCUCGCCGAAGCGGGAGCAUGCCAAGGAGAAGUUCGAGCUCCUCGAUGGGGUGCCCACCAUGACAAAGGCUCCGAAGAGCCAGAACACGGCGCUCUCGAAGAAGAACUCUCAAGGGAACCUCGCCCUCGCGGCGCAGAAGAGCGGCCUGCGGCUGCUGGACGACUGGAGCGAGAGCUUCGUCGUAUCUGAGGAGGAUGCUAUUGCCAUGUACAACCACCUGUACAGCAGCAAGGAGAGCAAGAGGUUCAGCAGCGUACGCUACAACGGGCUGGAACUCUCGGACAGCUGUACAGCGUGGGUAAACAGCCUGCACUACUUCUGGCAGAUCUGUACAUUGGUCUUGGUCGCCCUCGACACAGUGCUGAUUCCGCUGACGCUGGCUUGGCCUCACAUUUCAGAGGGGACCAGCCCUGCUGGCCUCUACUUCCAGGUGGGCCCCUACCUGUGGAGUUUUGACAUUUGCAUGGCCUUCGUCCCGAGCAUCAUGCAGAAAUCCCUGUGGAGCGCUGUCACCUACCUCUGCACGAGAUUUCCUCUGGAUGCCGGGCUGGUGACCUUGGACAUGGUCCUCCUGCUGGAGCUCAUCGAGAAGAGGUUCCGCGUCUUCUCUUUGGUGCGCCUGAUGCGGAUCGUGAAGUUCCGCGGAGUGAUGGUCUCCUUGGAGAAUCGCCUUGCCGCAAAGGGGAACAUGAAGUUCGUCUUGUACCUGACGAUCCUCCAAUGCAUCGCGCAAGUGCUCGCUGUCAACCACGUCCUUGCGUGCCUCCUCUUCUACGUGGGGGUCUUCGGCCAGGAGCAGGAGCUCACAAACUGGAUCGAUACCUAUGAAGUUGGCCGUUACGAAUUCAGCCUCCAGUAUAUGCAGUGCUUCAACUGGGCCAUUGCGCAGUACACUCCAGCUCCUUUCCCAUACCAGCCUCAGAACGAGUUUGAGCAAGCCGUCGUUAUUGUGGUCAUUCUCACCUGCCUACCUUUGCUGGGAGCGCAGAUAGGAAAGAUUGGUGGUACCCUGAACUUGCUGAAAGAGAAAGCCAAGGAGAGGGAUACGGUGCGAAGGGAUCUUCAGCGCUGGCUCUUCAAGACCAACGCCCCGGAGAAGCUCACCCGGAAGCUGCUGGACUCCCUGACGGAUGUGCUGGAAUCCAAAGAUUCUCCGAUGGAUCUCAAGGAGCCCAUCGCCCUGAAGUUCCUUCCGAGCACUCUUCUGGAAGAGCUCCACAUCGUGAAGAUCGGCCAGAAGUUGGAGAAGCACCAGUUCUUCCAUCUGCUCAUGGAUGAGCGUGUGGGCAUCUCCGGCCGGCUGAGUGCAGCCUUCCGAACCGUGAACUGCGUGCAGGGCGAAGACAUCUUCCAUCAGGGAAAGCGGGCCGCAGGCCUCUUCAUCACCUUGGGGGGGCAGUUCCUCAUGCAUCUGCAGAAAUCGGAUGUGUCCUUGGGGCACCGCGCCAGCCACAACUCCCUGGAUGGAGGGCUCGGCAUCUUGCCGGACGAGUGGAUCGCCGAGCUUUGCCUGUACUCCAAUAUGACCCAUUCGGCUUUCUUGACGGCGAAAACCUAUUCGAAGGUGCUCUUGGCGCCGGCUGCUGAGUUUGUGAAGGCGAUCCAGGAGUCGCCUGGAUCGGUGGUCGCGGUGCAUGAGUAUGCGCUGAAGAUGCUCAGCUCCUACUCGCAGAAUCGAGAAGCUGUCUCGACAUGGGAGAUGCUGCGACCGGAGCUCACCGAAGAUAGCGUCCAACACACACAGUUGGCAGAUCUGCUGAAUCCGGGAAUGGGCCGCAUGAACGGCUUCAAGUCUUCAGAGGUGACGAGCUUCGCGAAUUUGGUGGAGGACCUCCUCCAGCCAGGUCUGGACAACACCGAAUUGGUCCAGCUCAUCAAAAGAAAGUUCCCGGAGCUGCGCGAUGAGAGCGGCAUCUACGCUCUUCUGCACUUAGAGGAUGAGAUCGAGAGGGCCGUGCUGUCCGUGCUCAGCGUCAUUUGGCUUCUGAAGGACGACUACAAGUCUAUGGUGGAUUGCCAGAAGCCACAGGCUCGCCUCUCCGAGAAGACCUUUGGAUCCAUCCAGGAUUUUCUGGGCGCCAAGCGCAUGACCAGCCAUCAGCUCACGGCGGCCUUCAUCAUCCUCGCCCUCCGCGGCCUCAGCAAGAGCGAGGACUUUGCCAAGCUCUGCCCGCCCUCGGAGCGCCGGACCCCCGAGCAGGUGCUGAGCUAUGCGAUCAGCAACUUGGAUGCCUACCUGCCCUCCAUGGCCUGCCUCCGCGGAGAAGCAUACGACUUCGUGGUCAGCACGGUUCGGAUGCUCGACCAGUUCAACUUUGCGCAGCUGCUUCAGGGCGAGAACAAUCCACAUUCGGUGUGGCAGCUUCAAUGCAGCCUUCAAGAAGAGGGAGUCGAAGUGUUCCAGAUCUAUUUGUUCGUCCAAGUCAGCAUCCUGUGUGGAGUCACCGGUGCCAUCACUCUUCGUGGUUCCAUGUUCCUCAGCGAGCUCAACGGGCGCUCUGUUCUCAAGGGCCUGGCUUGCUUGCAGCAUGUUUCAGAAGAGCAGCCGCAAGCCGUCUAUUGGCGGUACAUCGCGAGCCGUGCGGAGGCGCUGCAGCUGGUGGUGCAGAUUCCGAGCCACCUCGUGCUCGCCCGCCUCGCCUGUCUCACGCGAACGGUGGAACCGAAAGCCCUGCAGUCCUUGGCGGCGGACUGGGAUGGGUUGACGGAGCUGGAGCAGGACGCGCUCUACCAGGUCUUCUUGACAGACGGCCUCUAUCAGAAGGCAUUCAUCUUCCUCUACCUUCCUCUGUUUCUUACCAAUGCAGUGGCCAAUCAAGACCUGGGCCUUCGACGAGGAUUGCAGUUCCUUGUCGAGCUCUACACCAAGCUUGUGAAUCAUCGCUGCCUGAACCAAGAGGCCUUUACCGUCAAGGUCGACAUAUCCUCACUCGCAGCCCUUGCGAAAGAGAUAGAUGAUGUGCGAUUGUUGAGGAAAUGCCUCGAUUACGCUCGCAUCGUGAAGCACGCCCACGGAGUGACCGUGCUCCUUACUGCCGAGAGCUACCAGAUCCUCUCAGGCCAGCUUGUAGCAGAAGACCGCAGCGCCGAACUUCUGGAGCGUCUCUCCGCCCAACAGCGCAUGCUGGCAGAGGCCCUCAUGCCCGUUGCAAAGGAGCCUGCCCUGACCUUGCGAGAGAAGAGCCGCGUCGAAGAGGUGGUGACGGACUCGUUUUAA